UCCGUAUGACUGCCUCUGGAAGUACUUCCGGUUUGUCUCCAGCUCUGCAGAACAAGGGAAUGUUUUGGCUCGGCACGGAUUCACAGCGUCUCCUUUAUGUUAUAUAGUCUAAAUAUGAAAUUAAUGAGAGUAAAAAAACGGUAGUUACAGUUAACUAGUAAUAUCACAAAACCAUCGCUGGCGUUUGCUCGCAAAUAUAUGGAGUGCAAAUCUGACAAAAAUAUAAGAUGCUUCAUUAGAAACAGCUGCACACCAACACUAUGCUAAUAUCACUCGCUGGAUGAAGCUAGUUUGUUUAUGAAGGAAAGUAGUUCGGAUAUCUUAGGCUAGUUAAAGGCUUUUCACCCAUUCAUACAUACUCUUCACGAUGUCGGACGUCGUACACUCGUUUCAGUCCCAGCUGUCCGGGGUCAUGGAGACCGUGUUCAAAGCUGCCAUAUUUGAGAUCACCCGGCUGGUGGAGGACAGUUUCGUGAAGGAGGUGUCCCGCAGCCGAGAGCAGGUGGAGACCCUGAAGAAGAGGCUGCAGUGGAGCGAGUCCAAGCGGAAGAAACAAGAGACGAGUGUUCGGAGACUGAGGUGUGUGCAGUGCGACAAAUCCCGAGUACGGGACGAGGAAAGACGAGAGAAGGCGACACAGUCAGAAAACGAACGCAGUCUCAAACAGGAGCACGUUCCAGAUGGGAAAUGGGAAAGCUGUGAGUUGGAGACCAACACGCUUAUAGGAAAGGCGAGAUCAGAAGACCAAAGCACAUCCACCAACACAACAGAGCCUGCUGGUACAGAGGACAAGAAACUGGACUGUGUGUUAAAAGAGGAGACUCUUUAUGUGACUAGCGCUAAUCAGGAGCUUCAUGAUGGGUGGACUCUGGAUACCGCAGCAGCUGAGACAUCAGAUUUCUCCGCUCAUACUUACAGUGAGCAGGAGCUCCAGCAGAUUCAAGAUGAAUGGAGCUCUGGACUUGACCAGAGCGUAAACGGUGAAGCAUAUCCAGGAAUCGCAGACGUCCAGGGCCUGCCAUACCGAACGCGAUACGAUGCAGAAGAGCUGGUGAGCUACAGCGUGCACGAGCUGGACAUGGGAGACCUGGACGGCCUCAGAGAAACAGUUCAAAAUGACCUGAGCAUAGGCGAGGACGAUGCCAGAUCUUCCAUCAAGAGAAGAAACGCAGGAACUUUACCUGCACAGGUCAACCAAGAAGCAAAAGACAUGGACAGAGACAUGCACUGUUUACUUAUAAACGCCGAUGGCCACUUGCAAGACAUGAGCGUCCCGGCUGAAGAUCACAGUGGGGUUGCAGGAAGCACAGGACAUAGAGGACACCAACUAUACAGUAAAGACACUGAUACUAGUGCAGUUUAUAAGGGACAUCCAGUGAAUCAGUCUCUGAAGCCUAACAUUGGACAAGCAUUAGCAGCCAACAAGCCCUUAACCAAGCGAGCGCACACUUGUAACCAUUGUGGGAAGAAUUUCACUCAGGCUUGCAACCUGAAAGUCCACCAGCGUGUCCAUGAGCGGGAAGGCCUCCAAUUGUGCAGCGACUGCGGAAAGGGCUUUACGUCCUUCAGCGAUCUGCGCAAACACAGAUGCAGCCAAACUGGAGACAAACCCUAUGCUUGCACGCUAUGUGGGAAUAAAUUCAGCCGACUGUGGAAUCUGAAGCUGCAUCAGCGGAUUCACACGCAGGAGAAACCACACAAGUGCACCAUGUGUAGUAAGAGCUUUACACGGGCGGACAUCUUGAAAGUCCAUAAGCGUACGCACACAGGAGAAAGACCGUACUGCUGUGUUAUAUGCGGACUGAGCUUCAAACGACUGGACCAUCUGAGAUCACAUCAGCGCAAACAUGCUGACAUGAAUAGUCAGUGACAACUUCGCAAUUGUAGAGGUAUUUCGAAGGUUAUGAAUCCUGACUGGACCUAAGAUAACAAGCAUAACUGUUCUACUAUAAAACUUCCCAUUUAAGUUACAUCAUCUUCAUAUUAUGUGUUUUUUUUUUUAAAGUCCAAGCGUAAAUCAAUACUCUAAUAUUUACUCACCCUUUUGUCAUAAAACCUGCACAACUUUCAUUUUUUCCUGAGCAUCUUCCACUUUUUCAACAUGCUUUUUGUGUUUAGCAGGUCAUGAGGGGGAGUAAAUGAUGCCGUUUCAGGGCCUUUAUGAAUAAUGUGAUCAAUUUGGCAUCGGAUGAAAAUCUUAAUAUUGAUAUUUGAUACAAAUUGGUAAGACAUUGCUUAUCACUGUCUUGCUCUGUCGAUUUAUUAACGUUUAUUUAAAAAAAAAAAAGCUAGCAAAUGAGCAUAUUUCUUAAAAUGUGUAAUGUGUGUGUCCGUUCAUUUAAGUUCUGUGAUUAAAUGAUCAAAUGUAACAUUUUUACUUUGAGCAUUAUUAAAUCCUCUGUUUAUUUCAUGUA